GAAUUGGAUACAACUAUAGAUUUACAGUAUAGAAUGUGGGAUGUUUUUUUAAAAGUGGUAGAGAAUGAAAUUUAAUUUUCUCUUAAAAGCUACUGCUAUGCAAAAUAUUUCUUGGCUUAGCAAUCCUCUUUGCCCCUCCUCUGCCUCCCUUCAAGUUUCUAAAACUUUAGAAACAUGGAGGCAUGAGAUAGCAGUUCUGGUGCCUUUUUUGGUGGAGAAACAAGGAGAACCAGAGCUUGGUGGGAGGCAAAAGGGAAGUCCUGACACAGUUAUUAAUGCGUGCUGUACUUGCUCAGCAACAACAGCCCUCUGCUAUUACAGCCAGCCUGCUAAAUGGAUAGCAGUAGCAAUUUUUUUUUGAGUGCUGCAUUUGUUCUAGUUCUGUUAAAGAAGCUGUCCAUAAGUAACACAUUUGCUACUGGUGUUUGGACUCUUCUAUUUCUAAAACACUAUUUUGGUGUUUAUGUAUUAAACUGCUGCUGUGGUUGAUCAGUUUGCAGCAUGCUAGCCUUCACCUCGAGCUUCCUUAAUUCUGUGGUCUUAACUUGCAGUGUAGAAAUAGAGUUUUAUUCUGAUAACACAAAAACAUUGUGACAUUGGGACCUUUCUUUCUUUUCAUGUUGCUUGAGGCCAGAAGUUUGGAGUUUUUCUGUUCAAAAAAAUAAGGGCUGGAAGAAACUUAACUCAUGCUAUUUAGGUAGAUGACGCAACCCCAGAGUGAAAUAGUUCAGUACUACACCAUCCCAGUGGUACUCUGGUAGGUGAAGGUGGUUGAUGGGGGAUGAGAAUGAGAGGGGGCAAGGCUGCUAUACAGCAUUCAGAGCAAGCAUGCGUGGAAGUACAGCAGAGAGGAGCCAUAGCUGCAUCUUGAAGAACAAUGUUGUGCACACACGUAAUCAUCCUGUUAGAUCUGCAUUUGAUUGAAGGGGAAUACAUCUUUUCACUGUGCAGGUCUGGAAGAACCUAAACUAGACUUUCUUCAUGUGAUCAUGCUUACUGCUACUUUCUUCAUGUGAUCAUGCUACAGAAACUUCACGCCUAGAAGCUGUAUUCAAUCAAUUAAAAUUCCAGUGCAGCCGCUUGCCCUUCACGAGUUUUGCAGUCUGUACCUCUUGGUAGCUACAUCCCAGUGAGCUGCUCCACUCAGAGAAGCACUGUCAUACUCAGGAUUUAUCACCUCCUCAAGAAAGUCUCCAUCACCUAAAGGUCUGUUAUACCUGUCUGGCAUGUAACCUGCUCCCGCCUCUCCUCAGAAGAAGCUAUGAUGGAAAUGUCGCAAGGUGAUGCCAGAGCUGACGCAGUAGGCCAACAAGCCAUGCCGACGUGAAAGCAAAGCACAGUUAUGGGUUUGUAUCUUCUGGCCUUCAGCAUUCCUUGGCAUGCUGACUCGGCAGUAAUUGGUGCUAGGGAAAGUCUUUCCUAAAAGGGCAUUUCUGGAAUGAGGCUUGUUUGCCACCCAUUGGAACAGAUUUCAAACUUUCUACUUAAGAGGGGGUACUGGUCUGCGAUAAAUAUUUCCUGGAUACACAGGCUGUCUCCACCAGAGCUGCCCUGUGAGACUGAAUCCCAGGAAACACUGAAGUGCAAUAAAGGAAAAGUAGUUUUGUAGUUCAGGUUAGGAAGUUCGCUGUGUGGCUGUAAGGGACCCUUCAAACAUGCUGCAGCACAACUGCUCCACUCGGUAGGUAGGUAGGAUAUUGCAGGACAGGAGGCGAAGCCCACACAUUUCCCUGCGUACGCAUUUAAGCCUUGGUGCAGCCAGGAGGAGUCUUUCACACAGCAUUCACCCCCAGGUGUGGAUGGUAAUAGAUAAGGUUUUUGCAAAGCCCCUUUAUAACAAAAAAUUGUAUUGGUGCCUUAAAAGUUGAGACAACUUUGAAAGGUGUGAAAAAUGUUGGCUUCAAAAUCCCGAACUGAUACGAUUGUGGCAGUCUUAUUUCUAUCAAGCAUUGUGCAGCCCCUUGUGGUACGUAGUAUUCUUGUAUUCAUUACAUUUCUAAAAGAGGAAAUACAGGAACACGUAGCAAAACAGAAGGGUGAGACUUCUGACUGCGGUUAAUUGCGACAAGUUGGUGACAGAGAGAUCAAGGAAAAUUCCACUUGCAGACAGACUUUUCUCACUUUUAUACGCUAACAGGGUUUUUCUGUUUUGCAUUCUGUUCUUUCUAAUCUUAUCUGUUGUCACAGAAAUUAUCGUUCCUGAGAAUCUUUUCUACAAAAUCCUAAAUGCUUUUAGAGGUAGAGCAAAGCUGAAGUCUCUUCAUCGUGCCGUAACUACCUGUAUUGCUCAAAGUGACGCUGCUGGUGAAUGACAGCAAUGGAUAAAAACAUAAGAAUCAACAGAACUGCAAAGAAUACCUUGGCGAAGGCGCUAUACGACAACAAGGCAGAGUGCUCCGAUGAGCUGGCCUUCCGCAAAGGAGACAUCCUGACAGUUCUGGACCAAAACGUCAUUGGCAGCGAGGGCUGGUGGAAAUGCUCCCUCCAUGGCAGGCAGGGCCUGGCCCCCGCUAAUCGCCUCCAGCUCCUUGCCGCCUCUCAGGCUGUCCUGCUGCCUCCUUCCACCCGGAGCAACUCCGCAGAGUCACCAGCGGGCCAACAAAAUAUCUACCAGGUUCCCUCCGUCCCCAAGCCUACUGUGUCGUCGUCUACCUAUGAGAAGAUGGAGGGGUGGGUUAAAUCUCCAGCUAAGGUUUCUACCCUACCUGCCCAAGCAAUAUAUCGGGUACCAGCCUUGGCUGCACAGCUGCUCAGUGAAAGGACCCAAAGCUCAACAAACCAGCACCUGCUUACUCUCCCAAGAGCAUGCCGGGCUUCAGUCCCAAAUAUCAGGAGUGAGGUGUAUGAUGUUCCAUCCACACAGCGCCGGGAGUCCUUACUCACGCAGAGGAGUGCCACUCCGCCCACCACACGAAAGGGCUCUGUGCUGGUCAGAUCCACCGAGUGUUUCCAGGAAGAGCAGAAGCAGCUUUACAACAUCCCAUCCAGCCCAGAAAAGGCAGGAGCUGUUAUCCAGAAAGACUCACUAGUGGGCAACUUAUAUGACGUCCCUCCCAAAAGAGAAUCUGAUGUUUCAGAAAAUGAAUCUCAGAAAAAGUGCUGGGGCCAUUACAAUACCUUGCCAAAUCCUCGAAAGUCAGAAUGGAUUUAUGAUAUUCCAGUAUCACCUGAAAAAACAGGAUUAAAACAAAACCCUUCUGGCCAUUCCUUAGAGAACCAGGUGCUGUACGAUAUACCACCGGCUAGGUACAAGGCGCUAACAACAAGUACUGAAGCCAAAGUUGUAAAUCCACAAUUAUAUGAUAUUCCACCAACACAACGGAAAUUAACAUUUCCAGAUAUCCAUCUUUAUGAUGUUCCAUCCUCACGGGAUGUGCUCCUUUUGCCACAAAAUGGUAGCUGUGAUGUACCCCCAAGUCUCCUGGCUCCAAAGGCUGAGAAUCAGACCUCUGAAGAGAAUGUUUAUGAUAUUCCAAAAGGUUUGCCCACUGCUGUGCAGUCCAAGAAAGAGAUGGAAAAACACAGCGACAGUUCUGGAGACCAAGCAUACAGUGCUCCUCCACAGCUCUCAAGAGAUGUCAAAUUAGAACAAGACAGAUUAUCUGUUUCUAGUGUGGAUAGCAGAAGCAGUACACUCUCUACAUCCUCAAACUCUUCUGCUGAGUCUUUUUCUAUGUCAUCAUCAGAAGAGCCUGCCAAAGAAAUUAAACUGGACCUUGAAGUAGCCAUAGAGACAGUGACUAGAUUGCAGCACAGUGUAUCCAGCUCGGUUGCAAGUUUAAUGAUCUUUGUGAGUAGUAAAUGGAGAUUACAAGAACACCUAGAGAAAAGCAUUGAAGAAAUCCAUAGGGCAAUCGAUCACAUAAAAGUAUCACUGGGAGAAUUCCUGGCCUUUGCUCAACUUGUAAAGGUAAAUGCCUCUUACGCAACUGAUAACAACCUUCAGACCAGAAUUAAAAAACAGCUGGAAAUUCUUAUGAACUCAUUCAAAAUUUUGACAGAAACAAGAGAAGCUCUAAACAACUGCAACUGGUCACUAGAAGCUUUGGUCCUCAGGAAACCUCAGAACAACCCAGAUGAUCUUGAUCGCUUUGUUAUGGUAGCCCGCACGAUUCCAGAUGAUAUCAAGAGGUUUGUAUCCAUCAUCAUUGCCAAUGGAAAGCUCCUCUUCAGAAAGAAUGAGAAGGAACAAGAAACGAAGCAAUCAAAAGUGAACCCAGAAUACAAAAUGGCAAAACAAAUCACAGUGCCAAGAAGAGUAGAAAUAGAUUCGCUGCAAAGAAAUACUCCUGAUAAACCCAACCAAAGUCAGGUCUCUCCUGAGAAACCAAGAGAAGAUGCUACUGAGGACUGUGAUUAUGUUCAGUUACAGGCACAGAAAAUCAUUUUAGGUAAAGAAGUAGCAAAGAAAAGUACGGAUUCAAAACCAAAGGUUUUGCCAUCUGCAAAAAAGACUGUAAAUCAAAGCAAGCAGGACUCUGCAAAGAAAAUCGCUCUCCCAGAACACUGUAAGCUGUGUUUCAGUGCACUUCACAAGGCAAUUGGUGUAUUUACUAAUAGUCUGAGCAACAACCAGCCACCUGAAGUCUUCAUAUCCCACAGCAAAUUGAUCAUUAUGGUGGGACAAAAGUUAGUGGAUUCUCUCUGCCAGGAAACUCAAGAAAGAGAUGCUCGGAGCGAUGUUCUCCACAGCAGCAGCCGGUUUUGCAGCCUCUUGAAGAAUCUGGCUCUCGCCACCAAAAAUGCUGCAAUACAAUAUCCAAAUGAAGAUGCUAUGAGGGAACUUCAGGAUCAAACUGAGGAGCUGUCUAAGUACACACAGCAGUUUAGAGCAAUGAUGGAAUGAAAGACACUUUGCUGUUUUUACAAAUUCUCCAUUGUUGUUGCUCCUUUGGCAUGUGGCAGCCAAGGGGGGCAAGAGCAGCUCAGUGACGCCAACUUUCAGUCACCUCUAAGAACUCAUGCUGGGCAGUUCCCUGGGUGCUGGUGCACUUUUAGCAGGUGAAGAUCCACACAACAGCAUAUGCAUAAGAGGAUCUGUAGAAUUAAAUCUGUGCCUCUCCAUUGUUCAGAUCCUGCCUGGAAAUGCCAUCAUCUUAGUGACUGAGCAGGAAUGUUUGCUGUGUAUUAGAGCCCAAUUAUUUUAUUAUCUGGCUGACUUCUUAUUUUUUAAUUUCUAUAUAGGUCAGAUAAGUAUAUUUUCCCUUUUUUUUUUUUUUUUUUUUCCCUAUUUGGGUACGUAAAGUCUGUCUUCAAAUUUUGCUGUACAAUGUUCUGUAACUUAUGAUAUCCCAUCAUCAAUUGUUUCCUGAGGACUUUACUCAAAAUUUGUAAUUACCAUUUUUUUUUUUUUUAAACAGCUGCAAAGCUAACUUUUGUUUUUAAUAUACAACUGCGAUAAAUAUAUUAUGGGACAAAAUCUGGCAGGUACUACAUGUAGCCUAGAUGUUAAUGGGAAAUGCUUCACCCAGUAUCUGAGCACAGAGGAAAACUGACUUGGAGGAGUCCUGGCUCCUGAUAAAUCCACGGGGAGCAGCACGUCUCAGUCGUCCUCUAUCGCAUCCUGAAGCUGUUCGGAGCAUUGCUCCAAGUGAAACAGUUUUAGUCACUAAAUGUGCAGAGGCUUUGGACAAGCUCUUCCUACAAACUGGAAAGGUGACGUUAUUUCUUGCUGGGCACCCAGAGCACCCGUGCUGGCGAGGCUGCCCAGGGCUUCUCUGAGCGGCCCUUACUCUGUUGGUCUGUGUAGCUCAUUAACUUUAUCCCCCCGUUUGCUGGAUCUGCAAUACAACGAUGAAGGCCGUGUAACCACACAGGCAGAUUGUUUGUAUGCCUGUGUUAUCUGUAUUUUUCCUAAUUAAUUUAUUUUAAAGUUUUUAUCUGAAAUUUCAAAGCCUGGCCUUUCUUGACAAUGUUGUACCUCUGUCUGUGCCCUGAAAAUGGACAAUUUUGUGAGUAGUUAGAGCUAAUUUGCACUGCAACAGUGCACACGCUCCAGUGGUCUGUGGAAAAACCAGCUCCCUCGUCUUCCUCUCGGUUUUGUUUUCACCUGGCAGUCACCAUGUUUUACACCCUUAUUUAAACGUCGACAUUUGUAAAUAUUACUGUUUGCACGGUUAAAUGCAGUAACUGCAUUUCACGUUGGCUCUGUAUGUUUUGUAUUAAACUCGCUCCUGGCGUU